GGACCGGGACUGGGAGCGGGAGAAGGAGAAGGAGGAGGAAGGCCGCGCAGCAGCCGGCCAGGGCCGGCCAGGCCCAGCCCGCGCGGCCAGCCCCGCUCCGCGCCGGCGGCCCAGCGGAAGGGCGGGCGACGGACGGGGCCGCGGCCGCCGCCGUGCGACCAGGGGACGGCGACGACGACGAGGAGGAGGCAACGUCUCUCAACGUCCUGUAUUAGGGCAAUUGGGCCGUGCCCGGGAAGGUGGCGCAGAUGGUCAGAAAGACUGGCAGAGGGGAAAACCGGGCAGAAGAACUAGAAACCCAGCGAGAGACCUGACCCGCGGACAGCUCUUUCCUGACCCUCCGGUUCUCCUCCUGACCUUUCCGCUGCUGAAAAUCGAUUGGUCAGGAACCUCUGACACACACAGUGAACUUGCCGUGUUAAUCUAAUAGCCGUCUUUUAAGUUGGAAGGUGGCCUUAUAUACAGACUCUUCUCCGUGGAGCUGGAGGAGAUAACGUGUCUGACAGUCCCUUCUGCGGCGUAUGCUUAAAAAUUGCCUCUUGAAGCAUCGCUGCAUUUGCUUCCCAAGGAAUUGUCUAUCACAGAAGAAAGAAGUAUACUUGCACUUUGCAAACGUUAAUUUAUGAACAUAGUAUUUCUAAUACUGUGGUGUUCCAGAAGAUGAUAAAGAAAUGAUAGCAGCUCCAGAAAUACCAACUGAUUUUAAUCUCCUCCAGGAGUCAGAGACACAUUUUUCUUCUGAUACAGACUUUGAGGACAUUGAAGGAAAAAGCCAAAAGCAAGGCAAAGGAAAAACCUGCAAAAAAGGGAAAAAAGGUCCAGGAGAGAAAGGAAAAGGUGGCAAUGGAGGAGGGAAGCCCUCUUCUGGUCCAAAUCGAAUGAAUGGGCAUCACCAACAGAAUGGAGUGGAAAACAUGAUGCUGUUUGAAGUUGUUAAAAUGGGCAAGAGUGCUAUGCAGUCUGUAGUGGAUGACUGGAUAGAGUCAUACAAGCAUGACCGAGACAUAGCGCUUCUUGAUCUCAUCAAUUUUUUUAUUCAAUGUUCAGGCUGUAAAGGAGUUGUCACAGCGGAGAUGUUUCGGCACAUGCAGAAUUCUGAAAUAAUUCGAAAAAUGACUGAAGAAUUUGAUGAGGAUAGCGGAGAUUAUCCACUCACCAUGGCCGGACCUCAGUGGAAGAAAUUCAAAUCCAGUUUUUGUGAAUUCAUUGGAGUAUUAGUCCGGCAGUGUCAAUAUAGUAUCAUAUAUGACGAAUACAUGAUGGACACAGUCAUUUCACUGCUUACUGGAUUGUCUGACUCUCAAGUCCGAGCGUUUCGACACACUAGCACGUUAGCAGCUAUGAAGUUGAUGACAGCUUUGGUGAAUGUGGCAUUAAAUCUUAGCAUUAACAUGGAUAAUACUCAGCGGCAGUAUGAAGCAGAGCGGAAUAAAAUGAUUGGGAAGAGAGCUAAUGACAGGUUGGAACUCCUUCUGCAGAAAAGGAAAGAGCUUCAAGAAAAUCAAGAUGAAAUAGAAAACAUGAUGAAUGCAAUAUUUAAAGGGGUUUUUGUACAUAGAUAUCGUGAUGCAAUAGCUGAAAUCCGAGCUAUCUGCAUUGAGGAGAUUGGAAUAUGGAUGAAAAUGUACAGUGAUGCCUUUCUUAAUGACAGCUACUUAAAAUACGUUGGUUGGACUAUGCAUGACAAGCAAGGGGAAGUGAGACUAAAGUGUCUUACUGCUCUGCAGGGACUUUACUAUAACAAAGAGCUUAAUUCCAAACUAGAACUCUUCACCAGUCGAUUCAAGGAUAGAAUUGUGUCCAUGACUCUUGACAAAGAAUAUGAUGUUGCUGUACAAGCAAUAAAAUUACUCACUCUUGUUUUACAGAGUAGUGAAGAAGUUCUGACUGCCGAAGACUGUGAAAAUGUCUACCAUCUUGUUUAUUCAGCUCACCGGCCAGUAGCAGUAGCAGCAGGAGAAUUUCUUUAUAAAAAGCUCUUCAGUCGAAGAGAUCCCGAAGAUGAUGGAAUACUCAAAAGACGGGGAAGACAAAGUCCAAAUGCCAACCUUGUCAAGACAUUGGUAUUUUUCUUCUUGGAAAGUGAGUUGCAUGAACACGCAGCUUACCUCGUGGAUAGCAUGUGGGACUGUGCUACAGAGCUUUUGAAGGACUGGGAAUGUAUGAAUAGUUUGCUGUUGGAAGAACCACUCAGCGGAGAGGAACCAUUAACGGAUAGGCAGGAGAGUGCUUUGAUUGAAAUAAUGCUUUGCACUAUUCGACAAGCAGCUGAAUGCCAUCCUCCUGUGGGAAGAGGGACAGGGAAAAGGGUGCUGACGGCAAAGGAAAAGAAAACACAGUUGGAUGACAGAACUAAAAUUACUGAACUUUUUGCAGUUGCUCUUCCACAGUUAUUAGCAAAAUAUUCCAUAGAUGCAGAAAAAGUGACUAACUUAUUACAGCUGCCACAGUACUUUGAUUUGGAAAUCUAUACAACUGGGCGGUUAGAAAAGCAUUUAGAUGCCUUAUUGCGACAGAUACGAGAUAUUGUAGAGAAGCACACAGAUACAGAUGUUUUGGAAGCAUGCUCUAAAACCUAUCAUGCACUCUGUAAUGAAGAAUUCACAAUAUUCAACAGAGUUGAUAUCGCAAGAAGUCAGUUGAUAGAUGAAUUAGCAGACAAGUUUAAUCGACUUCUUGAAGAUUUUCUUCAAGAGGGUGAAGAACCUGAUGAAGAUGAUGCUUACCAGGUUUUGUCAACAUUAAAAAGGAUCACUGCUUUUCACAAUGCCCAUGAUCUUUCAAGAUGGGAUUUGUUUGGUUGCAAUUACAAAUUGUUGAAAACCGGUAUUGAAAAUGGCGACAUGCCUGAGCAGAUUGUCAUUCAUGCACUGCAGUGUACCCACUAUGUAAUCCUUUGGCAGCUAGCAAAAAUUACUGAAAGCAGUUCCACAAAGGAGGACUUGCUGCGUUUAAAGAAACAGAUGAGGGUGUUUUGUCAAAUUUGUCAGCAUUACUUGACCAACGUGAAUACUGCUGUUAAAGAACAGGCCUUCACUAUUCUUUGUGAUGUGUUGAUGAUAUUCAGCCACCAGAUUAUGUCAGGAGGGCGUGAUAUGUUGGAGCCACUAGUAUACACUCCCGAUUCUUCAUUACAGUCAGAACUGCUCAGCUUCAUUCUGGAUCAUGUCUUCAUCGACCAGGAUGAUGACAACAAUAGUGCAGAUGGACAGCAGGAUGAUGAGGCCAGUAAGAUUGAAGCAUUGCACAAGAGAAGAAAUUUACUCGCCGCUUUUUGUAAACUAAUUGUUUACACUGUGGUAGAAAUGAACACUGCUGCAGACAUUUUCAAGCAAUACAUGAAGUAUUAUAAUGACUACGGCGAUAUUAUCAAGGAAACAAUGAGCAAAACAAGGCAGAUAGAUAAAAUCCAGUGUGCAAAGACACUUAUACUCAGUUUACAACAGUUGUUCAAUGAGAUGAUACAGGAAAAUGGGUAUAAUUUUGACAGGUCGUCACCAACAUUCAGUGGUAUAAAAGAACUUGCUCGGCGUUUUGCUUUAACAUUUGGACUUGAUCAGUUGAAAACAAGAGAAGCCAUUGCCAUGUUACACAAAGAUGGCAUAGAAUUUGCAUUUAAAGAACCUAAUCCUCAAGGUGAGAGCCACCCACCUCUAAACUUGGCAUUUCUUGAUAUUCUGAGUGAAUUCUCUUCCAAACUACUCCGGCAAGAUAAAAGAACAGUGUACGUUUACCUGGAAAAAUUCAUGACAUUUCAGAUGUCUCUCCGAAGAGAAGAUGUGUGGCUUCCCUUGAUGUCUUACAGGAAUUCUUUAUUAGCUGGAGGCGAUGAUGACACGAUGUCAGUCAUAAGUGGUAUUAGUAGUCGUGGAUCUACUGUAAGGAAUAAAAAAACAAAACCAGCAACAGGAAAACGGAAAAUUCCUGAGGCUGAAGAAAGCAGUAGUAGUGAUAGUAUGUGGUUGAACAGAGAACAAUCAAUGCCCACACCUGUUAUGAUGCAGACACCGCAACUCACUUCCACGAUUAUGAGGGAGCCCAAAAGAUUACGACCUGAAGAGAGUUUCAUGGGUGUCUAUCCAAUUCAGCCGGAACACCAUCAAACCCCACUUGAUUACAAUCGGCGUGGUACAAGCCUAAUGGAAGAUGAUGAGGAGCCGAUUGUGGAAGAUGUGAUGAUGUCCUCUGAAGGGCGGAUUGAGGACCUUAACGAAGGGAUGGAUUUUGACACCAUGGACAUAGAUUUACCACCGUCAAAGAACAGAAGAGAGAGGACAGAACUGAAGCCCGAUUUCUUUGAUCCCGCUUCAAUUAUGGAUGAAUCAGUUCUUGGGGUGUCCAUGUUUUAAUACCAGUUCCGCGAUGAAAUCUGUGGUGAAGUCAUUUUCUAAGUGGAAGAAGAAAUUUUUCAAUAAGUUGUGGUAGAUACAGUGAAAUUCUGUACAGAUUUUUCUCUAAGGAGAAUUAUGACAUGCUUACCAAGAUCAAGUGCGUUGAGGGGCAGUUUUGUUUGCCUGAAAAACAGAAAAGUAAAGGACAAGUAAACAAAUUGAGGAUAAGCUACAGUUUUUGUUGGAAAGAAAAUAUUUUAUUUAUGUGCUAUCAGCUUAUUUCCGAAUCAUGAGAAGUAUUCCCUCCUUUUCGAAUCUAACAGUAAUCUGAGAGAUACCUGGUACAGAUUGGAGUUGUUCUCCGCCACAUUUACUGGGUGUACUAAAUAAUCAUGCUCCUCUGCUGGAUUUCUGUUUACAUCCAUGAACUGAAAUGACAAGAUGGAUUGAUUUUUCCCACCUUGGAGUUGUAGAACAGAAGAGUUUGGGCGUUUUAAAUUGUAAAUGCUUAAAACUGCAAUCAAAAGGAUCUUUGUUUUAAUACCGAAAUCAUGGAGAAACGUAAACUUACGAGCAGAACUUUUACAAUUUUUUCAUCUAAAAUGUAUUUUAAGAUAUUUUUAAAAUCCAAAAAAACUUCUCUAUGCCUUCUCAGAAAUAACCAGAAACAUUGAACUCCCAGAAGGUAACAAAUCUCAAACAUGCUUGCCCAUUAUCAACCCUGAAAGUUUGCUUGUCCUUUAAGAAAAAAUGUAAUGUUGUGAAAUUCCUUCCAGUAGUGCCACUGUAUUUUGUCUCCAAAUAAAAGAAGCUUAUUGUAGUAUGUUUGCAGAAAAAUUCUAAACAAAAAUUAUACAGCUUAUUAGAGUGUGGGAAUAGGGAUCUAAAUUUUAAAUAAAAUUAUAUAUAUAUAUAAAUUGGUGCUGAUUUUAUAAUUGCGCAGUUUGUUUAGUUUUUUCUUACUUUUAAAUUCCAACUUAAAAUUAUGAGGUUUCAGAAAUAUAUUGAAAGUUUAACAAUGUUUAAAAAUAGAAAAGCAUGAAUGUUCAUGCUUUAAAAUGAUUUUUAAAUUUGUAUUUUAUAUUGUUUUAUCUAUCUGUCUUUGCAAGCAGUCUUCAGGUUAAAGAUACUUCUAACAGGUUACAGUACAUUUCCUCUGUAUGUAAAUUAGAUGGGAUAAUAGAAGUCCAUAAACAACUCAUAAUAUUCUUUGAAAGCUAAGCUUUAAACUCCAUUUUGUGUCCUUUCACAAAUCAGUCUAAAACAGAGAGUGGCCACCUGCCAUCUUGACUUCAACUCAUUUUGCAAGGCUUAGGCAGCUAGACAUCAUUUUAAAGGAAAUAUUAACUUAUAUUACAUAUGUAUAUUUUUUUGCCAGUUGUCUCUCAGUUCUUGAGGUAUAUUAUUUUAAUCAUUCCAUGCCUUAAUAUGCUCGCAAUACAAGGACAUCCCCAAGUGGGCGAAUACAAACAGGCUUCCUGUGUUUAGAUUCAGAAAUUAAACAUUGGGCUGUGGUAGCCAAAAACCAUAGAUAAUCUAAAGGCUCAUGAUAAAAUAGAAUUAUUUUACUAAGUCGUGGGGUAACGAUAACACAAAUCCCGAUCUGCCUAACUCAUUUUCCAUAAGCAAAUAUUCUUCAUGUCUGAAAGUACUGCCUAUAUUGUUUUUCUUUUUCACACCACUGCAUUUAAUAGAACUGCUGAGAGGACUGUAUAUAUGAUUUUAAACUUAAGUUGAUUUUUCUCACUCUUGAAGGAGUAUUUCUUUGUGAAAGCAGUUCUUACAGCUUUGUUUUCAACCAGCUAAAAAUGUUUUAUAUAUUUACCUUAACCUGUUGUCCUCCACAUUCUAUUGUCCUAAUUGUACUGUUUUCUGAUUUGUAUUUAUGUCUUGAGACAGUAACUUUUUGAAUAAAAAUAAACCUACAGUAUGUUGUAUGUUUGAUCUUUUGGAAUCAGAAAGGGGGGGGCAGCUAAGAUGAGGUUGAUCCUGAUGCAAAUGUUAUGUUUAUAGAAAUUAAAUCUUUUACCAUGUCUUUUAAGUGUUUGUCUCAGAGUUGGGAUAAUGUAUGGAAAACUGCACUGUUUUAUAUUUGUAAUAAAUUGUACAAGUUUUUUAAUGUGAAUAAAGCACUAAUUGGGUUAAUAAUUUAAAAUAGAAAA